AUGUCGAAAGCACGCGCAGCUUCAGAUGUGAUAGUGAAGCUCAUUGUAGGAGCAGGACAAGCCAGUCCUAGUCCUCCAGUUGGUCCUGCUUUGGGAAGUAAAGGUGUGAAGUCAAUGGAUUUUUGCAAGGAAUUUAAUGCAAGAACUGCUCAUAUGAAUCCAGGAACCCCAAUUCCUGCGAGAGUUACAGUACGACCAGAUCGAUCAUUCCAUUUUGAACUACGCACACCGUCAACAUCAUGGUUACUUCUCAGUGCUGCGGGCGUUGAAGCGAAAAAGGGAAAGCUAAAGGGAGCACCAGAUUCGACAUCGGUUGUGGGUACUGUCAGUCUGAAGCACAUCUACGAGAUUGCCAAAAUAAAACAAUCGGAAUUGCGCCUGUCAGGUUUAUCUUUGGAGGGGCUUUGCAAAUCAGUGAUUGCGCAGGCGAAAACCAUUGGUGUUAAAGUUGUUGCAUGA